CCCCUCUACUUCUUCGUCUUCCACUCAUGAGUGCUUAGCAUAAUUAGCUCUAGCACAGCUCCGGAGCUCCACCCCCCACCUCGCCAGCUCUCGGGCCUCGUCCUCGGUCGCCUCCUCCCUCGCCGGCACCGCCAUGGACCGCAAGGACAAGUCCCGCAGGGGCUCCUCGAGCUCGGCGUCGGCAUCGUCUAUGGCCGCGCUCGCCGCCGCCGCGGCUGCCGGCGAGGGCUCGAGCUCCGGGUCGGCCGGCGAGGCGCUGACGCCGAACGGGGAGGAGGAGCAGAAGCCCGCGAAGCUGGCUGCCGUGGGCGGCGCCUCCAGCUCGUCCCCGGUGCCGGCGAGGAGGGGCGCUGCGGCUGGCGGCGGCGGCGGGCCGAGGUGCCAGGCGGAGCGGUGCAACGCCGACCUGAGCGACGCGGCGACGUACAACCGGAGGCACAAGGUGUGCCAGACGCACUCCAAGGCCCCCGUCGUGCUCGUCGCCGGCCUCCGCCAGCGCUUCUGCCAGCAAUGCAGCCGGUUCCACGAGCUGUCGGAGUUCGACGAGACCAGGCGCAGCUGCCGCCUGCGCCUGGCGGGGCACAACGAGCGCCGCCGGAAGAGCUCGGCGGACACGCACGGCGGCGGCAGUGGCGGCAGCAACAGCGGCGGCGGCGAUGGGUGCCGCCACGCCGACCAGGACGGCCGGGGCCACCAGGGGAACCCGCCGCCGAACCACUUCCAGAUCAGAUAAACCUAUCUAAGCAUGCUCUCUCUCUUCUGUCAUGCAGCUAAGCGCAAAUUAAUCCCCGUGCGUGUCUCUACCCUACCACUGUGUUGUGCACUACUACGUGCUAAUUAACUUGGCAGUGCACAUCACCUCCUGUAAUAACGUGACGUGCUAUGUGUGUCGAUCUGCCACAAAAUCCUAGUAGACUACGCUGAUUGUUGUAAGCUAACCUGCAGGCAAAUUAAGCAGGGACUCUUAGAGUAAUUCUGUGUGUGUGAGUGUGUGUGGAUGGAUUGCCGGAUGGCCUGUGCUAAACAGUAAUCCGUGCAGGCUGUGUGUUGAUGAUGAUGUUGUGUUCUGAUGAUAAUCGUGGUAAUAUGUGCUAUUUGUUCCAGUGGUA